CUCUCUCUCUGUCUGCAAGCUUGUCCUUCAAAUCCAAUUUACACUCUUCUUCUUCCCAUCCUUUUCUCCCCCUCUCUAUUCCUCUCUCCCAUUUUUAACCUCUCAUCGUAAAACUAAACAAACAAAUUAUUAUUAUAAAAUAAUACAAUUCUUCAAAUAAUAAUAGUAACAGUAAAACACAUUAUCAUUGGAUUUCUUCAUCGAAAGGAAGGCAGGCCGGCCGGCAUUUGAGUCACAGUAUCUGAUUUGUUUUUGUUAUUUAUUUAGUAAUAUAGAGACAAAGAGAGAGAGAGUUGGUCAGGUGGGCGGGCUGACUUCGUGAAUUGUUGCGGUGAAUCAGCGGAAAAGGUUUUGUAAUUGAAUAAAGGACAUAUGGAUUCUUCUUCUUCAUCACAGCAGAGAAGAAGAGGAGGAGGUAUGGUUUCGCCAUCGCCAUCGCCAUCACAUACUCCGCGAUCAACUGAUAAGUCAGCAAGAGAUCUGCGAUCUGGGGACUUCAAUUCCAAUUCCAGCAGUAAACAUGAUAAAGAAAAGGGUGUCAAUGUGCAGGUCAUUGUGCGUUGCAGGCCACUAAAUGAGGAUGAGUUGAGGGUUCACACUCCGGUGGUGAUUUCAUGUAAUGAGGGUAGAAGGGAAGUGUCAGCUCUUCAGAAUAUUGCUAACAAGCAGAUUGAUAGAACUUUUCUUUUUGACAAGGUUUUUGGCCCAGCAUCCAAACAGAAGGACUUGUAUGAUUUGGCAGUGUCUCCAAUUGUGUAUGAAGUUCUUGAAGGUUAUAACUGCACCAUCUUUGCAUAUGGACAAACAGGAACAGGGAAGACAUACACAAUGGAAGGAGGAGCCAGGAAAAAGAAUGGAGAGUUUCCAAGUGAUGCCGGUGUUAUACCAAGAGCAGUUAAACAAAUUUUUGAAAUAUUAGAAGCUCAAAAUGCCGAGUAUAACAUGAAAGUUACCUUUUUAGAGCUGUACAAUGAGGAAAUAACGGAUCUUUUGGCCCCAGAAGAAACUCCAAAAUUUGUUGAUGACAAAUCUAAGAAACCCGUAGCUCUUAUGGAAGAUGGAAAAGGAGGUGUUCUUAUAAGAGGCUUGGAAGAAGAGAUAGUAUGUACUGCUAAUGAAAUUUACAAAAUCUUGGAUAAGGGCUCUGCUAAAAGGCGCACAGCUGAGACUCUUCUUAACAAGCAAAGCAGUCGCUCUCACUCAAUAUUUUCCAUCACCAUUCACAUUAAAGAAUGUACUCCAGAGGGGGAAGAGAUGAUCAAAUGUGGAAAGCUGAAUCUUGUUGAUCUUGCUGGUUCUGAGAAUAUUUCCCGCUCUGGUGCCCGAGAGGGGAGAGCAAGGGAAGCAGGGGAGAUUAAUAAAAGCUUGCUUACACUUGGUCGUGUGAUCAAUACUCUUGUUGAGCGUUCUGGUCAUAUUCCAUAUAGGGAUAGCAAACUAACCAGGCUAUUGAGGGAUUCGCUAGGUGGGAAAACAAAGACAUGCAUAAUCGCCACGAUAUCACCCUCUAUUCAGAGUCUGGAAGAAACACUUAGCACUCUAGAUUAUGCACACCGUGCUAAAAAUAUAAAGAACAAACCAGAGAUAAAUCAAAAGAUGAUGAAAUCCGCAAUGAUCAAGGAUCUAUAUUCUGAAAUUGACCGACUGAAGCAAGAGGUAUAUGCUGCCAGAGAGAAAAAUGGAAUCUAUAUACCACGAGAUCGUUAUCUUCAAGACGAGGCUGAAAAGAAGGAAAUGGCUGAAAAAAUAGAACGCAUGGAACUUGAUUCAGAAUCCAAGGACAAACAAUUUUUGGAGAUCCAGGAACUCCACAAUUCUCAGCUACAUUUGACAGCAGAUUUGAGUGAAAAACUUGAUAAAACUGAGAAAAAGCUCGAGGAAACUGAAAAUUCAUUAGUAGAUCUGGAAGAAAAACACCGACAAGCAAACAUAACUAUAAAGGAGAAGGAAUUUUUUAUAUCUAAUCUGCUCAAAUCUGAGAAAGGACUAGUUGAGCGCACAUUUGAGCUUCGAUCAGAGCUAGAAAAUGCUGCAUCAGAUGUGUCCAGUUUAUUUGCCAAAAUUGAGCGGAAGGAUAAAAUUGAAGACGGAAACAGGGUACUUACACAGAAAUUCCAGUCCCAGUUGACCCAACAACUUGAGAUCUUACAUAAGACUGUGGCAGCCUCAAUGACUCGACAAGAGAAGCAACUGAAAGACAUGGAGGAAGAUAUGCAGUCCUUUGUAUCGAUAAAGGCUGAGGCUACUGAAGAACUUCGAGGAAGGGUCGGAAAGCUGAAAACAAUGUAUGGAUCAGGUAUCAAAGCUUUGGAUGAUAUGGCUAAGGAGCUUGAGGAAAACUCUCGGUCUACUUUUGGUAGUCUGAAUUCUGAAGUUUCCAAGCACUCGCAUGCUGUUGAGGGUUUCUUCCAAAGAAUUGCUUCAGAAGCUGAUGUGUUAAUUAAUGAUCUUCAAAGCAAUCUUCAGAUGCAACAGGAAAAGCUAAGUGCAUAUGCACAACAGCAGCAUGAGGCACAUUCCAGAGCGGUAGAAACUGCACGAUCAGUUUCGAAAGUCAUAGUUAACUUCGUCAAGACUCUAGACAUGCAUGCAUCCAACUUGACCCAAAUUGUGGAAGAAGCACAAAUAGUCAAUGAUCACAAAUUAUCUGAACUAGAAAAGAAGUUUGAGGGGUGUGCAGCGAAUGAAGAAAGGCAAUUGUUGGAGAAAGUGGCAGAGCUGCUUGAAAGUUCAAAUGCGAGGAAGAAAAAACUAGUGCAAAUGGCAGUGCAUGAACUCCGGGAAAGUGCAAACAGUAGAACUAACAAACUGCAGCAAGAGAUGUCAACAAUGCAGGAUACCACGUCUUCUGUUAAAGCUGAAUGGACAGUCCACAUGGAAAAAACAGAGUCCAAUCAUUUUGAGGACACUUCUGCAGUGGAAAGUGGAAGGAAAGUCCUGGAGGAGGUUCUACAUAACUGUUUAAAUAAGGCAAAAAUGGGUGCCCAACAGUGGAGGAAUGCUCAAGAAUCCUUGCUCAUCCUAGAAAAAAGCAAUGUUGCUUCCGUGGAUUCCAUUGUUAGGGGAGGAACUGAAGCCAACCAAAUCCUUCGUGGGCAGUUUUCUUCCGCUGUAUCAGCUGCAGUUGAAGAUGUUGACAUUGCGAACAAUAAUCUCCUCUCAUCCAUUGAACAUUCAUUAAAUCUUGACCAUGAUGCUUGUGGAAAUUUCAAUUCCAUGGUUUUACCUUGCUGUGAAGAUCUGAGGGAACUGAAGGGUAGCCACUACCACAAGAUUGUUGAAAUUACAGAGAAUGCUGGGAAAUGUCUUCUGGAUGAAUACGUGGUGGACGAACCAUCUUGUUCAACACCAAGAAAGAGGUCAUUCAAUCUGCCAACCAUUGCAUCAAUUGAAGAGCUUAGAACUCCUGCUUUUGAAGAAUUGUUGAAGUCAAUCUGGGAUGCGAAAUCUGCAAAACAAGUAAAUGGAGACAUCAAACAUGUAGCGGCAGCAUUUGAGGCUGCCCAAUCCUUAAGAGACCCUAGAGUUCCUCUCACCGCUAUUAACUGAAGUGAGUAGAGAACAUGACGGUUAGGGAGGUAGUGUAGUGGUAAAGGAGAGGGGGGUAUGUGUACAGAAGAGUAUAUAUAUGAUCAAGCACGAACUCUGCAUAUCUUAUUCGUUGAUUGUAAGUUCCCUUUUGUAUGAAAAUAUUAAUUUGCUGUUCUUCAAUAUCAUCAUCCUUGAUAA